UGUUUUUCUUCGGAAGUAUUUAAACGAAACACUCGGUUGAAAAUCGUGCCGAAAUCUAACGAAGCUUGGAUUUUGUCUUACUGGAGCACAGCAGGCUGUUGUCAUGGCCAAGCUGCAGGGCUUUGACUUCUGGCGGACCACUCUCAAGGGGGCUCGCUAUGUGGUGGCACCCAUGGUGGACCAGAGCGAGCUGGCUUGGCGCCUCCUCAGCCGUCGCCACGGCGCCCAGCUUUGCUACACGCCCAUGCUGCACGCGCAGGUGUUUGUGCGCGACGCUAAUUACCGCAAGGACAACCUCUACAAUGAGCUGUGCCCAGAAGACAGACCCCUCAUCACCCAGUUCUGUGCCAACGACCCGGAGGUGUUUGUGCAGGCGGCCCUGCUGGCCCAGGACUACUGUGACGCCAUUGACCUCAACCUGGGCUGUCCUCAGAUGAUUGCCAAAAGAGGCCACUACGGAGUCUUCCUCCAAGAUGAAUGGGAUCUGCUGGAGAAGAUGGUCAAGCUGGCCAAUGAGAAGGUGUCUGUGCCCAUCACCUGUAAGAUCCGCGUGUUCAACGAGGUAGACAGGACCGUGAAGUACGCCCAGAUGCUGGAGAAGGCCGGCUGUCAGUUGCUGACGGUUCACGGUCGGACCAAAGACCAGAAGGGAACUGUGACGGGCAUUGCCAGCUGGGAGCACAUCAAAGCAGUCAGGAACGCCGUGAGCAUCCCAGUGUUCGCCAACGGCAACAUCCAGCACCUGAGCGACGUGGAGCGCUGCAUCGCGGAGACGGGCGUGCAGGGGGUCAUGAGCGCAGAGGGGAACCUCCAUAACCCGGCCCUGUUUGCGGGCCGUAGCCCCCCCGUAUGGGAGAUGGCCGAGCAGUAUCUGGAGGUGGUCCGGCGCCACCCCCCCUGCACCCUGUCCUACGUCCGAGCUCACCUCUUCAAGAUGUGGCACCACACGCUGCAGAUUCACCAGGACCUGAGGGAGGACCUAGCCAAGGUGAAGAACCUGGAGGCCCUGUCUGGGGUCAGCAGGCACCUCAAGCAACGCUGCCAGGAGGAGAUCGCCAGAGGAGAGGAGGCGGGACAACGGGGAGGGCUGCCCUUCCCCCAUUGGAUCUGCCAGCCGUACGUCAGGCCACCGCCCAAGGAGGCGGUCGGCGACGGCGCGAAGGAGGAGGCGAAGGCGGCGUGCCACAAGAGGGCGCUGGAGGACUCUGACGGAGACGGAGGAGCCGACGCGGACGCCGACGCGCUCUCCAAGAACAAGCUGAAGAAGAAGGCGCGCAACCCCCACAAGAACUUCUGUCCCGAGCACAAACCAAAGUAUAUUAAGUGCGAGCAGUGUGGCAACCCAAAGGGUAACAAGUGUGUGUUCAACCUGUGUCGUGCAUGCUGUAAGAAGAAGGCCUAUAAGGAGGUGGCAGACUGCCCUAGUCACGGGCUGAGGUUUAAAACAAAGGCAGAGAAACAGAAGGCGGAGGAGGAGGGGAGAACAGGACUGAAGAACGGGAAACUCGGCUCCACCUCAGACCCUCCAGAUCUAGAACAAUCCAGAGGACUGAAGGAGAGACUCACCGCAGCAAACUGACAGUCAAACGGCUGUGUGUCCCUCUCAAACACAGGAACACUUUGUUACUCAACAGGAGCCUUUCUUAGUCCUGGUCCUCGUGCCCCCCUGCCCUGCAUGUUCUAGAUGUUUCCCUGCUCCAACACGCCUGACUCAAAUGAAUGGUCAUUAUAAAGCUGUGCAGAAGCCUGGUUGAUGAAUCAGACUGAUUCAUUUGAUUCUGGUGUGUUGGAGCAGGGAUUCAUUUGAUUCUGGUGUGUUGGAGCAGGGAUUCAUUUGAUGAUUCUGGUGUGUUGGAGCAGGGAUUCAUUUGAUUCUGGUGUGUUGGAGCAGGGAUUCAUUUGAUUCUGGUGUGUUGGAGCAGGGAUUCAUUUGGAAUGAUCUCUGCUGGAUUUGGUGACUGUCUGCUGUUUGUGUUGAUGUGACUCUCCUGACAUGGACAACAGUGGGGAUGAAAAUGAAUCUUUGAUAUCAUCAAGUUUAGCUCAUGGUCUUAAUGUGUGCCUUGAGGAUGUGUGGAUCUUGGUGUAUUAAUUGGUUGAACCACUUACACUUAAAACUUUAGUCACUAAAACAGAUUCGAAUAAUAUUUGAAAUUUCAAGGCAAUAUUUUACCAUUUAGAUUAUAAAGAUUAUAAUGAGAAAAUACCAAAUUGAGUCACGUAAGAUUUUAGCGUCAAGAUCUUACUUUCUCAAACAACUUUGUGUUGUCAUCCAACUUAAAGAUGUUAUCUUUCCUUCUUUGUACAUCUUUCCUUCUUUGUAUUUUCUGUGGGAAAAUAUUCAGACAUACCAGAAUUGGAAACUCUUAAGAGUUCUGCUGUACUUGUUUGUCUUUUCAAGCUCACAUGACAAAUGAGGGAGGAUAGUGUUUUCUUUGUGCUCUUUUUUGGAGCCUUCAAUGGUGGUAGGGAUUUUCUUGCAGUGCAUUGAGGUUGUGCCUUCUGACUAACAUCCUGUUCAGAUACGAUUUAGUUGCCUGUAUAAACACAGUAGUAGUUACAGGAUAGGUUACAAAGCAGCUCGUGUUAGUGCUGUUGUUUCCCCUACUCACAACAACCUGUUUACAGAAUGGUUCUUAAAAGAUGUGACGAUACUGGAUCGUCUCAGUAGAGGAACACAAGAUGGAAGAGCAAGACAUACAUUUUGGAAGAUUCUCAAUUGUAUAAGAACAUUGUGUGUCUGUACAUUUCUAUCUUCCUACCAGCAACCCCUUUAAAUAAAAUCAGAGGACUUUUUUUCUUGAGUCCUCCUUCUUGAGUCCU